UGAAAAUAUAAGUUGUAUCCUCUGGGCUUGCCAUAUUAUUCACUAGGUCUUGCCUUCGAAGCCACAAGCAUGUGAACUUGGCCUCUGUUAUCAUGUGUUGUUGUGGCGAUACAGUCGACAUGUGCAACAGGGCGUGAGAUGCAUUUUUGAUUGCUGACCUUGCUAUUACAUGGGAGAGGAUGCUAUUGGAGAUGCAAUAUGGUCAUCUUUUGUUGUUGCACUUAAGUGCUCUAAGAGUGGCAGUGAUCAUUUACUUGAAGGUAGCAUGUCAGAUCCUCUUUGACUUGCUACAUGUCCUUUGUAAGCUGAAAGUCGGCAAACAUCAAUAUGCAGGAGUCUACGUCUUUGCAUCUGUUUGGCAGCUAGGUAGAAGAUUACAGGCACACACAGAAACUCAAUAUUGGAAGCCAUAGUGAACAUGUCAAUAUUCACAAUUGAUUCUAUGUUUGACAUUUUGGAAUUUUUUGAAGGAGAUGACCUACAUAUCUACUAUAGACCCUACUUGCUCCAAGAUUUGGCAUGCAAACUGUGGAUUGUGAUAUUCCUCGGCUCUCAAUGCACAGUGUUGUAGCAGCCCUCGUCGAAGAGCACAAUUCUGACUUGUAGCUUCAAGCGUAGGGGAAUUCAUGAAUCCCUUGUGAGAGGAAGAUGGCAGAUGAAACUCUCAAUGAGGGUACCAGUUCGAGCCAACCAACUGGUGAAAGUUCAGAAUCUACUAUUGAGAUCAAUAUCAAAACUUUGGAUUCACAGAUCUACACAUUCCGGGUGAACAAAGAUAUGUCAGUGCCGAUGUUAAAGGAGAAGGUAGCAAAUGCGAUUGGCAUUCCUGUGGAGCAGCAGCGGCUGAUAUUUAGGGGAAAAGUUUUGAAGGAUAAUCAUCUCCUCUCUGAAUACCAUCUGGAAGAUGGACAUACACUGCAUUUGGUUGUCAGGCAGCCAGUCCAGGCACAACCUGCUUCUGGGGCAGCGUCUGAGGAUAGUGCUCGCAAUAGCGGAAACCAAGGAAGUGAUCCUACUGGCAAUGCACCUCGUAACAGGGCUGGACAAGUUUCGCACAGUGUUGUUCUUGGGAGUGUCAAUAUUUCUGACCAAGGGGAAGGGAUGAUUACUGAUAUUAGCCGGCUUAUUGGGGCAGUUCUGCAUUCUUUGGGAGGGGGGAUCCUGUCUCCUGCUGCUGGAGGAGCUGGCAACAACUCAUCUGCUGCUGUCCCUCCAGGUCCUGAUACAGAAGGAACGCAAAAUACUAGCAGCAGAAGCCAGCCUGGCAACCCAGUACAACCAGGAUUUACAGUUCUCAAUCAUCCAUUUCAAAUACCUCAAUUUUCACCAGCAGGGGCAUUCUUACGACAAAGGGUUAUUCCUGAUUCGUUGACAACCCUCUCGGAUUUCAUAAGCCGCAUGGAACUAGUAUUGCAAAACAGUGGUUCUCAGUCAUCCGCACCUACCAAUGCUCGUGAUCUGCCGAGAUCUGAUGAUCCAUCUUUGAACUUACGAGGAUUGCCAACUCCUGAGAUGUUGUGUUCGGUUGUGGAGCAAGCACAGCAACUUCUUAGAGGCAGUGCAUCAAGUGCACUUUCUCAAUUUGCGGCAAAUCUGGAAAGAGGGAGGACUUCUACUGAUCCAUUAGUGCGGAGUCAGAUUCAGACUGAAGCAAUGCAUGUAGGAACAUCAAUGCAGCAUUUAGGUUCUAUGCUUUUGGAGCUUGGUCGUACCAUGAUGAUGCUUCGUAUGGGCCAAUCCCCGGCCGAGUCUUUUGUUAAUGCUGGACCAGCAGUAUAUAUAUCUUCAACUGGACCAAAUCCUAUAAUGGUUCAGCCUUUUCCUCAACAAAUGAGCUCGUUUCUAGGGGUUUCCCCACCCCCUUCAGUUGGUGGAGUUUCAGGUCCAUUUGGUGUUGGAGAUCCUUCCAGAAACAUCAACAUCCAUAUUCAUGCUGGGACUUCUGUUGCGCCUGGUGUAUCAUCUGCUGGUACCAUGGCAAGUUCCGAAGGCAUUAAUGGAGGACGCCAAGGUGUGGAACAAGCAAGCCAAAAUGUGAAUGGUUCAGGUGAUUCAGCUUCAGUGCGAGGAUUGCCAGCAAGAACAGUUGUUGCUGCUAUUCCAGCACGUUCUUCUGCUGAGACUGCGGGCCACGUCCUCAGUGUUAUUUAUCCUGUUCAUAUGAGGUCUCAGGCAUCAGUCUCUAUCCCUUCAGCCUCCUCUCAAGGUUCACAUCCAUCCAUGAGUGGUGGAACACAACCCAAUGCGGCAAUUGUUAUUCCCCGACCUUCUCCAGAAUCUGCUAGUAUUCCUGCUGCUGUAGCACAGGUAAAUGCACGUGUUGCCACUGCAUCUGGUCAGGGCUCCUCAUCUCCAAGUUUGCAAUCUACUGAUACUCGAGAUUCUCAACCAAUUAGUAGUGGAGCACAACCUAUUACAGCUAGUUCAUUUUCACAGACUUCUUCAGAAACAGAUACCAUUGCUAGGCUUGUUACACGGAUAGGUACACAGAUAGCCAAUGCACUUUCUGGCAGUGCUCAAGGAAACAACUCAUCAUCUUUGAGCAUGCAACAGAUUAACGCAACAUCUGCAACGGAAGGACCUCAACUAGGUGAAUCAGUUGCUUCGUCAGCAAACAUAGGUGAUGCUAACGAGAGUUGCCCGGCUAAUAGUGUUCAUGAUACUGGAGAUUGUGACAAUAGUGGUUCUGUUGAAUCACAAGUUCCUGAUAUUGGCAUGACAAAAGGUGAAGGGAAGCAGCUCCAACAAGAAGGCCACGAUCUUCCUGACAUUGCGGGACCUAGUGGAAGCUUCGCCAUCCAGAAACCAUCAACUAGUAAUAGUGCAGGAGACCUCACAAUCUGCCAACCUAGCGAUACUCCAUCAAGUAAAUCAGUGGAUAAAUCUUCAGAGAAAAAUUCAGAGUCUUCUGCAACUAUCCAUGCUUCAAGGUCAAGUCAGGAUGGUGAGAGUGGUAGGCCUGCUCCCUUGGGUCUAGGGCUUGGAGGCUUGCAACCUAAGAGGCGAACUAGGCCAGCAAAGCCUACAAAGAAAGAUGGAAUAUCCCGUGACACACCUUCAGCUGAUCAGAAUCAGCAAUCUGUUGCCAGGGGCCAACAGGUUUUGCGUUCUCUUGUUUCUCAGGGCUCUGAUACAAUCGGAGUAAAUGCAAAUGGCUCCUCUGGUCCAUUGUCCAGUGUCCUUGGUCAGGUGAUGAAUAGCAUGCCUUUGGGAGAGCAAGGUGCUAGGCAGCAAGUUGAUGCUGGCGACAUGAUGUCUCAUGUCCUUCAGAGCCCUGCUUUUGGCAGUCUCCUGACAGGUGUAGCUGAACGUUCAGGGGUUGGUUCCCCUGGUGAUUUGAGAAACAUGUUGGAGAUGUGUACUCAGAACCCUGUGAUUAGAAAUACGAUGAAUGACAUUGUACAACAGGUAGAUGGACAAGACCAAGAUCUUGGAGGCAUGCUUUCAGGGCUGGGGAGGGGCCAAGGUGGUAUUGACUUUUCAAGAAUGAUUCAACAAAUGUUGCCUGCUGUAUCACAAGUUCUUGGUAGGGGGUCAACACUCUCUAACCCUGCUAAUGGUGUGCGAUCUGAACCUCAGUGUAAUGAUGGUAGGACUAUUGGAGAUGAUACGUUGGACAGCAGAAAUUCUCAGAUUGAUCUCUGUCAAGCCCGUGGAAGAAUUGAACAACAUGAUUCUGCUGAAAAUAUCUUCCAUGCUGUGCUUGAAAGUGCGGGCAAUCUGUUUGAUGGAGAGAACAAUUAUGAAGCCCUUGUUGAAGAACUUGGCAAUAAUGUGGAGUUCAGCAAGGAGUACAUGGAGAUGUUGCGCCGUAACAUCCGUCAGAGGCUAGAAACAGAGUCCAGACCAGAGUCUUGACUUGCAUUCCACCUGCUCGGUGUAUCACUGCUUUGCAUGGACUUGGUGUAUGAAGCCUGGUAAGCAAGAACUUGCAGUUCCGUGUUGCCAGCUUCCUAUUGAUGGCUACAGUUUUUUUUUUUUUUUUUUGCUAAGAAAGAUGGCUACAGAUUCCCAUUGAUGGCUACAGUUUUUCAUGCAACAUCCUUUAUGUUCUGUCAUGGGUUUCAAUUUUUUCUGACAAUUGUAUGGAGAUCGUUGCUGGUGAUGUGCAUGAUAUAAAGUUUUGUACCAUUUCAAAACUGUAACAAAUAAUUAUUCUCGUUUGAGAUGGUUACAUAAAAGUAUGAGGGUUAUUAAAUGUUUACUUAUUUUUUCUGUGUA